UUUAUUUUUUCCUUCUUUUUUUUUUAAGAGUUUUUUACUAAUUAUAAUACCUAGGUAUAUUUAGACAAAAUGAUAGUCUCGCAAUGAUAUCGACGAAAUGUAUACAAAAUGUCUUUGCACUGUUUGUUCUACACAAAUUGGUCGUGUUGUUUACCACAAAAUGUGUUCUCAUGUAAUACACUUAGGUUGUGAUUCCGAAGCGAGGAUGAUGUGAACGAUGGAUGGCAUGAGAAAUUUCAUAUGUACGACCAAAACAAUGAUGGUUUGAUCUCCGCAAUGGAACUACAGCAAAUGUUAUUCGAAGAGUCAAUCGGACUCGUUACUAUUCGCCAAGCAAAAAGAUAUAUAUCUUUAUUGAAUAGAGACGGUAACGUGCAAAUUAAAUUAGAAAAAAUCAAACCGAUAGUGGAUAUUAUGACAGAGAAAAAUACAUCGAGUGUAGUGGAUGAUGACUGUCCAUUCGGCGACGAAGAAAAUUUUCCGGUAACAGCUCUUCAGGCAAUACUGUUUAAAGAAUGUAAACAGAACUUUUUCAACGCGCUAGACGAAACUAAAGAAAUAACUAACCUUAUCGAUCAAGACGGAAAUGGUCAAAUUGAUUGUGACGAGUUCCAGGGAGUAGAAUUAAUGAUGGAAGCUUCGUUAAAGUUGCACAUUUUAUGUGAGAUGUUUACUGUAAUGGACAUAAACAAAAAAGGCGUUAUUACCGCUGAUGUGAUUGCUGACUUUUCAGACUUUGUACACUCGAAAUUGGCCAAAUCCCAAGAAGCCAAAAAAGCCAUAGAGAACUUUGAUAAAAACGGCGACGGUGUGGUGGAUUUUUCCGAGUUUUUAAAUAAAAUCGUUAGUCUUAGUAAAGUUGAAUUUACUUUACUUGACGAAUUCGCCAAGAAGUUUGUGCUGGACGACAUUUAGAUUAAUUACUUUAGAAUAAUGUUUUAAUUUAUCACUAGUAUAAUUUUUUAUUAAAACAUUUCUUUGUUGUAUUGCAAUCCUUUUUUCAAAUUCCAUUAAUUAAAUACAAAAUUAUUUCGCCUAAUUUUUAAUCAAAAUUGUUGACUAUAGUUUUAUAACU